UCAUGUCGACUUCUGAAGUAGCGAUAAGGCAUAUAUAUUUGAGUGUGCAGGUCAUCAUUUCUGCAAGACCAAAUAUCGUUGUUUUCCGGAGACUACGACAGCCAACUCAUCAGACUUAGAAUCCAAGAGUUAAUUUCGGAGAAAGUCCCUCCCGUCCAGCUUCCACGUUGUAGGGAUAUCAUCAACAUGACAACAUUUUCCUUCAAAACAUAUGGUGCUACAUCAUCAGCCGCCUUUAGUACUGCGGUUGUUCCUCAAGCAAUACUGCUUCAUGGCAAAGAUAAUUAUGAGGAAUGGAAGGUUCGGGUGAAAACGUACUUGCUGUCUCAAGAUCUUUGGCAAGACGUUCAACAAACCGACGAACCCCUUCCGGGAAGAGGACUGGAGAAUUUCAUGGCUUUACAUGUGAUCCAGAAUUCAUGCGGCCAAGUGCCAUUUUCUAAGAUUAACACCAUUAUGAAUGCCAGAGAAGCUUGGAAGACUUUGGCAGAGUCGUAUGGAGGGCAGCAGAGAGCUAUCGAGCAAGAUAGUGAUGAGGAGAUUCGCAGAAAAGCCACGCGUCUUACCCAAGCUAUCUAUACCGAAACUUUGGAUACUGCUUUGGGAUUAAUCGAAAGCUGCCCACGUUCGGCACUGACUCGUGACAAGUCUGGCGAGUCUCCCAUCUUAGCAUUGGCCUCUAUGCGUCAUUUCUUCCAAAGUGGAAAUCAGCUCGGGUUUUGGAAACAACUCAUCUACUCCUGGUUGUCCGUUCCAUCGGUUUCUCCAACUGGUGAUAUUCAUUGGAAUGUUUCAAAUAUUGGAGAUCAGGAAUGCCAAAGCAAUCAAGAAGAUCAAAAUAACAGAUCAGUAAUCAAGCAGUUGUUGAAAAUGAAGAAGAUCCAUGACCAAUCCGACAAACUUCUUGAUCAAAUGCGUGAAGAUAUAUCAAAAUCAACACAUCAAAAACUUAAGGAUGGUCAAGUUUACACUGCCAUUACCCGUGCAGCCAAGAAUGGGAUUUUCGAGUUUGUUUCUAAGAUGUUGAUUAAAAAGGAUGGAGAAAAGGAUGAACGAUUUUUAUACACCAACGAUAGAAACCAAAGGAACAUAUUUAUGCUUGCCGUCUUGCAUCGUCAUGAAAAAAUCUUUAGCAUUCUAUACGAGCUGAAUGGGCAGAUGAAAGACAAAUUGACAUCUAUAAAAGAUGUCUAUGGCAAUAAUAUGUUACAUAUGGCUGGGAUGAUAGAAGAUUCCACUUGGGUUAGUAAAAUCCCAGGGGCAGCUUUACAAAUGCAAAGAGAAUUACAAUGGUUCAAGGAGGUAGAGAGAAUUGUCCAUCCCAAGGAUAAGGCAAGUACCAACAAUGAUGGUUUAACUCCCCAACAAUUGUUUACGAAGAACCAUGCGGACUUGAUGGAAAAGGGACAGAAAUGGAUGAAGGUUACAGCAACGUCAUGCACUGUGGUGGGUGCUCUGAUUGUUACCAUGAUGUUCGCUGUAGCUUUUACUGUCCCGGGUGGCAAUGACCAAACUACAGGCUUUCCAAUAUUCUUAAAGAAAAAAUUGUUUGUGCUCUUUAUAAUAUGUGAUGCAUUGUCCCUUUUUUCUUCCUCGACUUCAAUCUUGAUGUUUUUGGGAAUCCUCACAUCAAGUUAUGCAGAAGAUGAUUUUCUGGAGUAUUUGCCGAGGCAGAUGAUAAUAGGCCUUUCCACCCUCUUUUGCUCUAUUGCAACCAUGAUGAUAGCCUUUUCUGCUGCUCUUAUAAUCAUGCUACAUGAGCAAUAUUCUUGGAUUUUGAUUCCUAUCAUUUCUUUGGCUUGUGUCCCAGUCAUCAUUUUCUUAUUGAUACAGUUUCCUCUUCUUAAAAUUAUGAUCUUUUCAACCUAUGGAUCAGGCAUCUUCCAUAGGAAAAAGAAAAUGUAAUUAAUGUAAUUGAUCCAGUACUAUGUAAGUAUGGUGUAGCUUGCUGUAGGACAUCAUGUAUAUUUGUUGAAUGAAUUAUUGGCAUAUAUAUAAGCCAAAACGGAAUAUUUGUUCC